UACCGGGUAUAGUAGAACUUGCCAAACCGUCGUGAUCUCAACUACGCUUAAGGUAUUAAUGAUCAGUGUGUUUUAGCAGUACAAAAUAGCAGUGUGAAGUAAAGCGUGUGUUCGUGUGAUUCUUGCCCGCGCCAAAAAGAGAUUCCUCAUACUUUAAAAGCUUAUCGGUUCGGUAGUGUGUAACUACGCGAGGUUAUUUUUAAAUCGUAACAAUACUUUUAGCCCCAAGAAGCCGGUACUCUCCCGACGCAUCGCUGCGUUAGUCUGAUCCGGGCAGUGAAAGUGAACAGUUGUUCUCGAACUAAUCCACUAAAAGCUUUAAAACCGUCUGUCGAACCACUUAUAGCAGGAUGGCCCUUGUCGAAAGUACCACCAAGACUGAAAUGACAAUCACUGAGUCGCAGACGCCCGUCAUCUCGAAGGAAGUUGUCGUGGAAAAGUCCUCGGCCGGUGUUUCCGAGAAGAGUGUGACCCAGUCCAAGAGCUAUGGUGCCAGCAGUGAAAAGGAAAUCACCGAAGAAAGUGACAAUUCCAUCUCCAAAUCGGUGGAGAAAUCCGAAUCCUCAUUUGCCUCCGAGCGGAACGUGUCCCAGAAGGUGUCGGAAACGGGAUCUCUGUCAUCGUCGCUGCUUUCCUCGUCGUCGGUGGUCAGCUCUGUAACCAGCAGCAAAGUGGUUUCCUCCUCAUUCAGUUCGUCCACCUCUUCAUCACUGUCGAGCAUUAAAUCGUCCUCUAUCGACUCCAGCAGUGCCAUUGAUGAAUUUUUCAAAAACUAACUUUGGUUGAUUACUAAGAGAUUUUUUUU